CUUCACACCACCGACUUAGAUAACAUCUAAUUCCGAGAUCACACAUUGCAAAAUAUCGGCAAGACUUUUGUUUCAUGUUUGCAGAAAGAUUAUGUUUGUCAAACUAGCACACACCAUAUGAAUCAUUAGAUGACAACAUUCAUCCCAGCAAUAAUUUACAUCCUCAUUGGUUGGAUAAAAUUCACUCGGAGGUUGCAGUGAUGUGUGAUAUUUAUCUGGCGUUUCUAUUUUUAAAAACAGGACAUGCAACUUGCUGAGAGACUGCCCGUGUCCUGCCGUUAUUUCUGUCAAUGAUUUUACCAUGUUUAGGACAUGACAAAAAAUGAGUGAAAGCAGUAACAAGGAGAGACAUACUGCCAGUUACGUCCCUGUGGCACUAGAGCCUGCUGGCAGUCCGGAUGUUGGUCCAAAAUGUCGGAUUGGAUCUGUUGUCAGAUCUGCUUCUACAACAAUAUACAGUCCAAGCAACAGUAAUGAGUCCUCAAUAGUCGAUGGGGACCCGUCAGAAACAGGGUAUUUCUUCGAUGAAGAUGCAGAUUUGAACCAGCGGACAGUUACUUCCUUUGGAGGGCUUUCCAUUGACACCCAGGACAGUGCACGCUAUAAUGAUGCUCCUUUUGACUGUGGUAAUAUCCAAUUCUCGGAUGUGAAUAGCCAGAAACAAGAAAGAGAACCCAAGCGCCACUAUGUGUGUAUCCCCAGUGACACUGUGAGCUGGGAUGUUGCACAUUUCCUGGGCUCCUACUGGAAGAUGAGAAGCCCUAAGAUUGUGCUGUCUGUAAUAUCAGGAGUGAAACAUUUCAAACCAUGGAAAAACCUCCGAUUUAAGAAACAAUUUCAGAAAGGCAUUAUCAAGGCAGCCAACACAACUGAAAUGUGGAUUGUUACGAGUGGACUAGAUGGAGGCGUGUCCAAGAUGAUUGGAGACGCUAUACGGGAGGAGAAAGCUCGGCGAAUUAGCAAUCGUACACAGCAAAGCAUGAUUCGCCCCGAUGCCGUUCAAAAAUUCCAGAAACUCACACUGAUUGGGAUCCUACCAAAGGACGGCCUGAAGUAUGGUGACAAGCUAGAUGGAUCUGAAGGGGUGGGGCUGAAGAACGAGGGUCACCAACCUGACAGUGACAAGUACGAGCUUAACCCUGACCACACCCACUUUAUGAUAGUAGAGGAGGAAGACCUGGACCGCAUGCUCUUCACGAACAUCAGAUGUACAUUGGAAAAGGCGUUUGAGUAUCAAUUAGGACGACCACGCCGACUUAGAAGGGUUUUCAGCUGGGGUUCUGACGAGAGCAAUACGAGCGGUUUUAAUGACAUGCACCAACCAAAUGACAAAACAAUACCAGUGAUUGGUCUGCUGGUUCAGGGCUCCCCUAAGAAUGUGGAACACAUACUGUUCUACCUCAGCAACAAGAUGCCGGUGGUUGUACUCAAGGGGAGUGGAGGGUUCGCUGACCUCUUAGCAUUCGCCUAUCAGGAAACUCAAGAAAGGACUGAUCCAGACUUUUUGGAAACGUUUCUGAAACCAGAACUAAUCAAAAUGAUAAGUAAAACAUACCCCAGCGACUUUAAGGACAAUGACCUAGCUAGAAAUGAGUUCAGAGACAAAAUAUUGAACUGUGUAGAUUUAGCACAGGAGGACGACCAGACAUUUAUGACGGUGGUGAACAUGCAAGGCUGGGAUGCUAAUUUAAAAGACUUGGACAAGUAUUUACUUAAGGCUUUAUUCAAAUCAGAGAAACAAGUUGCAAGUAAGUGGAAGGAACAGUUGUACAAGGAUCUGCAGUUAAUUCUCGACUGGAACCGUCCUGACCUGGUACAGUCUCAGAUAUUCCAGCGUGAUGACUUCGCCAAAAUUAAGUUGAACAAAGAGCUGUUAGAAAAGGCCUUGCUGAAAACAGAUAGAGAGGAGUUUGUUGACCUGUUUCUUGAUCACGGGAUUCAGAUUCACAAGUUUUUGAACCACAAAAAAUUCAAGCUUCUCUUUGAAAGAGCUCAGGAGCGGGAGUUUUUCACAACAAUAUGCUUAGAAGGAGCUCUGAAUUUUAGCAGUGUGGAGGCAGACCAACCCUUGCAGAAAGAAUUUCUUUCCAAUGAUCUAAAUCGUCUUAUAUACAAAUUGAGUCGCAUCAAGGAUUUUGUUCAACCAUAUGAGCUUUCCAUGAAUUCUGCUGGACUGUACGUCUCGAAUCCUGCUGUCGCUGAGAGUAAGGCACUGAACUGCCUGAUCGUCUGGGCAGUACUGAUGAAUCGCCACAAGCUGGCCAAGGUUCUGUGGCAGAGAUGUGAGGAACCCAUAGCCAUGGCUCUCAUUUGUAGCAACAUGUACAGGGAGCUUGCGAAAAACUGCAUAGAGCUGUAUCUCCGCACAGAGAUGGAAAACAAUGCUAAUGAUUUUGGUAAGAUAGCCCUGGGUGUAUUGGACAUAAGUUUCCGCGACUCCAGUGCUCAGGCCUACAACAUCCUGUGUAAACCUCUACCACACUUCAACAACAAGACCACACUAGAGAUAGCCCACGAUGCAAAUUACAUGAACUUUAUUGCACACCCCUGCUGUCAGAAGUGGCUCACAAAGAAACUGUUUGGUGCCAUACAUGUCAAAGAAGUUCCCUGGGGCAUCUUCAGACUCCCCUAUUGGUUCAAGAUCUUGGCCAGUGUUUUUCUAAUAUUUCCGAUGUUUAUUUGGAUAAACUUCUCACCUGGUGCUCUCAGAAGAGUAAAGGGUAUCACAGUGAAUGACACCAUUUUGAUGGAAGAUGAGGAGGAGGAGGAAGGGGAGACAACUGACAGUAAUGAUGAAGAGGAUGCAGGACUGCCAUCAUCUAAAUCAAUGCUGGAGAAUGAACUAAGCAAUAUGAGGAAGGCCAAGAGCCUGAAGAGUGUUAAGGUAAGGAUAAAGAGUGCAAUGAAGUCUAACAAGAAGCGACACUUGGCCCUAUGGCGGCGGAUCCAGCUUCUUUGGUCAGCACCUAUCACCAAAUUCUGGCUUACCCAGGCCCUGUAUUUUGUGUACCUGGGGUUGUUCUGUUUGGCUGUACUAUGGCCCACCUGUGGUAACCUGACGCUUGACCUGAUAGUGUGGCUGUGGACGGCAGUCAUUCUCACAGAGCUGGUCAGGAGGACGUAUGUAAAACAUCAGAAAUACAAAACAGUUUCGUUGUUCAGCCAGUGUGCAGAGAUUACCUUCAUCCUGAUCUUCCUCAUCUUUUACCUUUUCCUGCGUAUCAUACCCCACUGGUUGGUGUAUGCUAACAUCAACGCAGCCAAGACUGUACUGAGUGUGGGACUUAUCUACUUCUUCUACCGGCUAUUGGGUACCUACAUGCCUAUCAGCCCCACCCUGGGGCCAAUGUUAGUACGGAUGACUCGUAUGGUGAAACAUGACUUUGUGGCAUUUAUACGUAUGUUUCUGAUCUUCCUCAUAUCUGGUGGGGUGACUAUCCAGGCCGUCCUCUACCCUAACUACCCACUCGGCUACGAUCUCAUCAAGAAGGUCCUCACUCGUCCACUCUUUGCCAUGUUUCUCACCAAGAUUGAUGACCUGGAUGGAACUCCUGCCUGUAAUGCCUACAAUGAUGCUAAUAUGUCUACACACCAUUGUCUAGCAGAGCCGACUCAACCAGGACCUGAACUUCCAGAUCACAUUAUUUCCUGCUCAGUAGGAAGUAUAGGGGGAUACCUGAUUGUGAUCCAGUACCUCCUCAUCUGUAAGCUUGUACUAGUAACACUCCUGUUUGCUAUGUUUGCCCUUACAAUCACAAAAGUGGAUAAGGAGGCUGGUCAGAUUUGGAAGUUUCAGCGGUAUGCACUGAUAGUGGACUUUGAGGAGCGACUGUGUCUGCCCCCUCCCCUCACCCUCAUCAGUUACAUCACCAUGGUCCUUGUCUUCUUCUACAGUCAGCUCUUCGGCUGUCACAAAGGUUGCCUGUGUUGCUGUUGCUUCAAGAAACAGGCAAAGAGGAAGAAAACUGAGAAGAUGGUCCACAAAGUACAGAGGAUUAAACAGUCCCAGGACUAUAACUACUGGCAGAAGUGUGCCUCGGAGUACAUCACCACCCAAGAUAACGAGCAAGAGAGCCAAACCAUCGUCAACAAACAAACGGAGAUCAUCAAUUCUAUACAAGAGGAUAUGAAUUUCCAGAAGAAGAACAUGCGCCUUCUGAACAACAGGAUUGUGGAGCUAGAGAAAAUUAUGCUAUCCAGUCGGAUGUACCUGGAGAAUAUCUACCACAAACUGGACAAAACAGAUGUGUUCGGUGUGUCUAACACAAAAGGACAGAUCAUCCAUAUCACGGCCCGACAGUCACCCUACCCAGGCACGCGCAUAGCACGCUUCCCUGUGUUUGAUAAAUAUGUUCCAUGGGAGCAAGCUUAUGAUGUGUAUGACCCUAAGAUCUACACCAAACCAAAGGACCAGUUCUGUGAGGACGAAAUGGUGUUUGUGGACGAGGAUCUGAUUCAAUUGAAGAAAGCACAGGAAGAGCGAGACAGGAUGACAGAAGAAGAGAAGGAGUCCUUACCUCCCUUGGCUAAGUUCUCCCCUAAAUGGAAUUCAGUGGUGACUUACAGACAGGAAUCUCACACACGAGCCAUUGACAGGCGGUCUUGGAUCUCCUUUAAUAACCAGCCACUCCGAUACAGUCUGGACCCAAUGGAAACACCAAUCAAUUCAAUGGGAAGAACUGGUCUGAGAGGGCGUGGUCUAUUAUGGCGCUGGGGCCCAAACCAUGUUAUUAAGGCAGUUUGUACCAGGUGGCGCCACAAGUACAGCGAUAACGAAGACGCACAGACUGGCUUCCUGUAUGUGGAGGGUAAACGUGUUCUUGAAUUUAUUGCCAUUAAAAAGCUUGGUGAUGAAGUAACAAUGGAUUCCGGAUCCACAUAUGGCCUUCCUGGGGGAGCCCUACACGGACACAUCUCUCCGUACAGUAUGCAGUGUCAGGCAUUCAUGAGGGAUGUUCUCAUGGAGGACCAGGACCCCAAAAAUAACCUGGAUCAGGCCGACAUGAUACAGUACUUUGCCCAGUUUUCGGCUAACGUGAGUACCCCUGUCCGGACACCGGUCACACAACUGCCCAGUCCCGUGUCCAGUGCCACCACUCAGAUGUCCUCAAUCCAGCCUUUCCUGACGCGGACCAAUUCCAGGACCAGUCUUCGUACACAUGGAGACGGGGACAGUUCAGGCUUUAGUGCAUCCUUGCUCUAUAAGGGCUAUGUGGACGACCCUCGUAACACCGACAAUGCUUGGGUGGAGGCUGAGGUGUGGAACUUCCAUUACGAUGCUGGAGACACAUUCGAUUCUACGAUUCCGGAGGACAGUUCACCAACGUGGAAGGAAGUUUCACCGAAUGUGAAGAUUUUCGGAAACGAAGGUGCCAUUGUACAAGAGGCUGCAAAAAUUCAUGAUGCAUAUCAUUGACACAGAAAGUGUCUAGAAUGUAACUACCACUGAUGCCUGCCUUGUAUAGUACAUAGCUCUGUCUCAAGAGAUACUAGCCUAGAACUGAGUACUUAGCAAACAUUCUGUAAUUAUCUGUAGCUGCUUACAGCUGGUUGUAAUAAUUAAACUUACUAUUGUCAGCAUUUGGGUUCUAGAUUGUAUUUUUCCCUUCACAAUUCUAUAGUCAUAAGUUUUACAUAUUGAUUCAAGUUGAUGAAGAAAAAAAAUCAAAAACCAUUUACAAUCUUUCUAAAAAGUUAUUUACAAAGAUAUACACUUGAAUGGUAAUAAAAAUGAAGACAUAAUUCAGUGACAUUAUUUCUACUCUGCAUAAUACCCCUUGACAAUAAAAACCAUAAGGGAAGGGUCGUUGUUAUAUCCGAGAAGUUUCUAAAUAUUUUUAGUUUGUCCUGAUAUAUCACAAGAGAAUAUAUGGUAUUAAUGGUUUUUCUCAUGUCAGUAUUUUAUUUUUGAAGUAUGUUGGUCUGAACAAGUGUUUUAUAGGACUUAAUCUCAAACCAAGUAGAGGAAGGGUGACAGUAAUGAUCAGUAUUGCUAGUCCGAACUUCACUAACUCAUUCACCCCUGAAAUUUUAAAAUGAACUUUUCUAACCUUUGAAUUGGAAA